AUGCCCUGCAGUUCUUUCAAUCAACCACAUGCAACACCUCACAGGCAACCCUUCAUGGACAAUCAACAGUGUUCAAGCCUCGCUCCGGAAUCCAAGAACCCUCUCUGUGACGGAACCACCACCUCCACCUUGGCCUCCUCCGUGUCCCAACCUCCAUCUACUGAAAAACCUUCCGGCGAUGACAGUGACAAUCGGGCAUCCGCAGAAUUGACCUCUUCCACAACCUCCGACCAUGACAAGCGGACCUCCGCUGAAAUAACCUCUACCACAACCUCUGUCCAGGACAAUCGGACCUCCUCCACCCCGGGGGAAAAUGUCAUGGCCAUCUCCAAUCUGGUCACCGACAAUGAGACCAACGUGGAGCCAGAAUCCCCCCGAGAUUCUGCUGUCGCCAUCGAGACUCCUCAAGAGUCUGAUGCCGACGCGGGUGAUGAGCCUGAUGAUGAUUCACCCGCGUCUGCAUCAGACUCUGAUGAUAAUGAAGAUGAAUAUGACACCGGCUCAGAUUCUGAUGAUGGCUCGGACGCCGAGGGGGGCGUCGCCACCAACGUGGACCAAGAUCCCGUUGGUGUAUCAGAAGCAGAGACCGAGGUCGGUCCAGGCUAG